UCAUAAAGCCUCCAAGCUGAACUGGUUAGAUUAUAACUACCAUAUCAAGGAGACAGAAGGAAAAGUGCUGCUUCUGGGUCAGCAAACACACCUGGAUUUGUAAGGACCGGACUCACUGUGCAUUCUUAGCUCUGAAGUCACCUAACAACAAAGGUACCAGUUUCUAGGAAGAAAAAAAUGUCAACACAGCUCCAAGACCUUAAUUUUGCAGAGGUGAAACCUCUCCUUGUGGAAGAUGGAAUCACUGUAUUAACCCCAGAGUAUGAGAUCCAGGAGCAUGACAUUGAAACUGCACAUGGAAUGAUUCAUGUCACCAUGUGUGGGACUCCCAAAGGAAACAGACCUGUGAUUUUAACUUACCAUGAUAUUGGAUUAAAUCAUAAAACUUGUUUUAAUGCCCUUUUCAACUUUGAAGACAUGCAAGAAAUCACACAACAUUUCUCAGUGUGUCACGUAGAUGCGCCCGGCCAGCAGGAGGGAGCUGCCUCAUUUCCAGCCGGCUACGUGUACCCAUCGAUGGAUCAGCUAGCUGAAAUGCUUCCAGGUGUUGUUCAACAGCUUGGAUUAAAGAGUGUUAUUGGAAUGGGAAUUGGAGCUGGCGCCUACAUCCUCACUAGAUUUGCUCUGAAUCACCCCAGCAUGGUAGAAGGCUUGCUGCUAAUCAACAUUAACCCCUGCGCAGAAGGCUGGAUGGACUGGGCAGCCACCAAGAUUUCAGGAUGGACCCACGCAUUACCUGACCUGCUUAUUUCCCAUCUGUUUGCAAAAGAGGAGAUACAAAGCAACCAUGACUUAGUACACACCUAUCGCAAACAUAUUCUCAAUGACAUUAAUCAGAAUAAUCUGCAUCUGUUUGUGAAAUCCUACAUAAGUCGAAGAGAUCUGGAGAUUGAGCGACCAAUUCCAGGAUCAAAUGUUACUACUUUAAAGUGUCCUGCAUUGCUAGUGGUUGGGGACAGUUCACCCGCUGUUGAUGCUGUGGUUGAAUGUAAUUCCAAACUGGACCCUACAAAAACAACAUUGCUAAAGAUGGCAGAUUGUGGAGGAUUCCCUCAAGUUGUUCAGCCAGGAAAACUUGCUGAAGCAUUUAAAUAUUUUGUCCAGGGCAUGGGCUACAUGCCUGCAGCCAGCAUGACGAGACUCAUGAGAUCCCGCACUGGGUCUGGUUCCAGUGUUUCAUCCAUGGAUGGAAAUAGAAGCCGGUCUCAUACAAAUGAAGGAUCAAGGAGUCGCUCCCACACGGGAGAGGGAGCCAGAAGCCGAUCACACACCGGCGAUGGCAACCGUAGCCGCUCCCACACAGACAGCAGAAUGGACGUCCCAAACAACAAUGUAAACAGCUCUGAUCACAACAUUCCAAAGUCUAUGGAAGUUUCCUGCUAAGCUUGGUCACAUUCUACCUAUGACAACAUUUCCUGCCAACUGUAUGGAUUUGGAGAAAUCUUAACCCCUUCACUGCUGGAGAAACCUCUGUCAGCAAAGGGGUUAAAACUGAUAUAAACUUUACGAGCUAGAGAUUUCUGAGGACCAAAGAUACUAUGGAGUGAAAAGUAAAGUUACUUAGGGUGCUUUAUUUAACCAUUGAUAAUCCAAAAUAGCUGCUACUAGCUCAUCCAAUUAAUUACUAUAAUAAUACUCAAGUUAUAUUAACGAAGAUAACUAGGCUAAUUCUGCCUUCAAUUAGUGAUUUGUCUUCAGCCAUCACUAAGACCCUCCCACUAGGAGCAAUUUUCUCCUGUAUUGUUUUUAAUGCACACUUACAAAAUGUAAAACAGAUCAAGUUGCUUACCUGGGAAAAAAAAGCUGGAGAAACUGUAAAUAAUAAUUUCAGAAGAGAUAUUUAUAAAUGUUUUGUGCAUUUAAAAAAUCUAUUUUAAUAGUUUAUAUUUGCUAGAAAUUUAGUUUCUAUAAUAAGCCACUGAAUUGUGACCUUUUUUGUAUGUUUAAAUGUAUUUCAGAUUUUUUUUUUUUAGAACGCUAAAAAGUAGUAGCGUAAAAAUUGAAACUAAAUACUUAAAUAGUAUUUUAAUUUUUUCUACCUUUAAUAUUGGAAAAAGUACACAAAAAAUGAUCUAAUUUUUUAACAUAAUAUAUGCAUUUUUUUCCACUUGAUAACAUGUAUAAUUGUAAUUUGAUUAAUUAUAUAACAAUCUACAAAAGAUUUAAUGUUGGAAAUAUAAAUAAUCUUGAUGAUGUUGUACUUUUAGUUACUACACAAUUACUUUGAAUUCCAUUGUUGAAUUUUAAUUUCUCUGCAAAUUAUCUUUUGUCCAUUUUUAUUGUGAUUUUUAUUCUCAGAUGAGUUUUACCGCGCCAUAAGCUUAUUGAGUAUAUACAUAUAUUUUCCCACUUAAUACAAAAUAAAAAAUAAUACAUAGUUCCUGAUUUGAUAUUGCAUAUUUGUUUAAUUAUACUUUUACCCGAUCCUGUUUAUAAUAAGAUCUGCAGUCUAUCUCUCUUUUGUUGUGGCAGAUAAUGACUUAUUUAGGAUCCAAAGAAGUUGAAAGUGUUAAAUGUAUUCUGUAAAUGGGAAAGGGUAACUGUAUUUAUUAAAGACCAAUAAACAUAACUUUUCAGAACUGA